AUGCCCGUCCCGGCCGGCCGCUGGCUCGUGCUGCUCUGCCUGGCCGCCACGGGCAAGCAGCUGUCACGACAGGUCACGCCGCCGUGCGAGAGCGAGCGACACUAUGAGCACGCGGGACGCUGCUGCGGGAAGUGUGAGCCAGGGAAAUACAUGUCUGCCAAGUGCACUGGUACUUCUGAUAGCGUGUGCCAGCCCUGUGGCCCAAAUGAGUACAUGGAUGUCUGGAAUGAAGAAGACAAAUGCUUGCUACAUAAAAUAUGUGAUCAAGGGAAGGCCCUGCAGGAGGUGCAUCCGGGGAACAGCACGUUCCAGCGGCAGUGUGCCUGCACGGCGGGCUACCACUGGAGCGACGACUGCGACUGCUGCCAGCGAAACACCGUGUGUGCCCCGGGCUUCGGAGUCAAGCAUCCUGUGCAACAGGACAAGGAUACGCUGUGUGCGCCCUGUCCCACGGGCUACUUCUCAAAGGUUGCUUCAGCCACCGAGGGGUGCAAGUCCUGGACCAACUGUACAGCUCUGGGAAUGGCAGAAACGGUCCCUGGGAGUGACAAGUCAGAUGCAGUCUGCGCAGAACGGAAGAUGCCCGAGCAGCCAGAAGAUGGAACAAACAGGAUCUUGUACGUGUUGAUUGUCAUCUUGUUUUUUGUGGCACUAAUUGGCAUUGUCGUCUUCAUCAUAUACUACAAGAACAAGGGGAAAAAGCUCACAGCGGAUCUACAGAACUGGGCCAACGAAGUGUGCAGCCAGAUAAAGGGAACAACGGAGCCCCCCAGAGAUGUGUUUGUAGACACAGGCGUAACCAACGCUGCUGCUCCCCACAUUUCGGAAGGAAUGUGCCUCCUGGCUCCUGAUGCUUAUUCUCCCCAUGGAAACACGUGCUGCACUAGCACUCACCUUCUGUGCAUGAACAGCAGCCCCAGGACAGCUCCGUGCGGGGUGGCUGGGAACCUCCAAGAGUUUUCUGUGGUAUCCGAGACUGGUGAUGACCAUUUCCCACCAGUCCCCAUGGAAGAUGAGUACACAGAUAAAGAUCUCAACACGGCUGAUUAUUUAUCUUUACUGAGUCAGCCUGACAGUAAAACUGUGUCAACGUUUUCAGAACCAGUGGAGAUAGGGGAGAACGACAGCUUAAAUCAGUGCUUUUCAGGGGUUGGGAGCACAGAGGACGUAUCAGCGGCUCAAGGCCUCAACCCUUCCUCCAAAACAGACAGCCCACGUGCUGCUGUGGACAAAUACCUUCAGAAAUCCUGCGUGCAGGCCCCCAGCUGCCCAAAGGAAGCGGACACCAAGGACACAGAUGGCCUCGCAGCGCACCAGUACGCCGAGAAGGUCUGCGUGAGGUGCGGCGUUUCAUACAGGGGGUCUCCGAGGAAGAGGAGCCAACCCUACGGUGCAGCCGCCGACGGUGCCCCCAGCUCCCCAGAGACGGGCUCCCAUGCACAGUGCACUUGUGGCUUGCAUGUUCUCUCUGCUGGUCAGAGCACCCUAGCAAGCGACCGUGCUGUGGAAGACGCCUCGUCUGAAGGUACCGACGCCAAGUCCCAGCGCACAAGAAGCACUUCAGGGACGAGCAGCAGCACUUCAGACCUUCCACCUGCAUCUGGAAAUGUGACUGGAAACAGUAACUCCACAUUCAUUUCAAGCGGACAAGUAAUGAACUUCAAGGGCGACAUCAUAGUGGUCUACGUUAGUCAGAACUCCCAGGAGGGGGCCCCGGCGGCCGGCGCGGCGCCGGAGAGCGUGGGCAGCCCCGUGCAGGAGGAGAACGCGAGCCGCUGCGAGACGUUCGCGGGCACGGCGCCGCACUACAAGGAGAAGUGUGCUGAGGGGCACGGCGCCUACGCUGCCGCCUCGCAGCCCGUGCAGGAGGAGGGCCGCCUGGGACACUGCUCCGAGAAGGUGCUCAACUGA